AUGGGAAAACCAAAAGGUAUACGUACGGCUCGGAAAUUGAAGACACAUCGGCAGGCUCAGCGCUGGAACGAUAAAGGAUACAAAAAGGCUCAUUUGGGGACUCGAUGGAAGGCCAAUCCAUUCGGUGCAGCAUCACAUGCCAAAGGCAUUGUUCUCGAAAAAGUUGGUGUUGAAGCUAAGCAGCCUAACUCAGCUAUUCGUAAGUGUGUACGUGUUCAAUUAAUUAAGAAUGGAAAAAAGAUUACUGCAUUUGUCCCGAACGAUGGGUGCUUGAACUUCAUCGAGGAGAAUGACGAAGUCCUGGUGGCCGGCUUCGGUCGAAAAGGCCAUGCAGUGGGCGACAUUCCAGGUGUGCGUUUCAAAAUUGUGAAAGUAGCUAAUACAUCUUUAAUUGCUUUGUUUAAAGGUAAAAAAGAGAGACCACGUUCAUGA